UUUGGGAUUUUCGGUCACUAAAAAAGAAAACUACAAAUUAAAUCCACUCAGAGAUUCAAAUCAUCCAAACCCUCUGUCCAUGAUCCAUACGUUCCGUCUCCAACACUCGAAAAUCUCCAAUAUUUUGCAGUUCGAUUUCGUUGGUUUUCGGUUAACGGUUUGGUUAUUGAUCACCCCUAGACAUCCUGGUGGUUAAGUGGUAACUCCACAACCAAAAGGUUGGGAGUUCAAAUCCUACAGAGUGCAGGAUGUUCUUGGGCCAUAUGGACUCGAUGCAGAGACUGCGGUCCUCAAAGGAGCUACUCCUUUCUGACCCUGUGUCGGAGCUGGAUGGUGACGAGGAUGACAAUGAGGUUUUAUCACGGAUACUAUAUACAGCCUCUUUUGAAGAAUUUGCUUCUAGUAUUUUAACGUAUGACACUAUUAUAUGGGUUUCGAUAUCACUGUUGCUGGUUUUAGCUUGGGGCGUUGGCGUAAUCAUGUUGCUGUAUCUUCCCAUGAGACGUUAUGUGCUCUCAAAAGAGUUAUGUUCACGAGAACUUUAUGUUACUCCUUUUGAAGUAGUUUACAAGGUGUCAAGACCGUCUUAUAUACCCUUUUGCGGGGUUGUAAAUCUUGAAAGGCGUAUACCUCUUGCUCUAGCAGUUGAUAUUAUCAUUGAACAAGGUUGCUUGCAAGCAAUGUUUGGAAUCCAUACGUUUAGACUUGAAAGUGUAGCACAAGGAAAAGCUUCUUAUGUUGAUGAAUUACAAAUUCAAGGUGUUUCUAAUCCUGAACUUUUAAGAAAGGUGAUAGUAAAAGAAGCCUCAAAGGCUAUACAAGAUUCCGGUAGGACCUGGAGAACCUCAGUUCAUGGUACCGCGCCAGAAAAUUCAACUCGGAUACGAUCUUUUACGGAUGGAAGUGUUUUCAGAUCACCAAGAAACGGGAAGGCGAUAAUUUCACCUAGACCUGCUUUAGCGGAACAAAGAGUAUUGAGUUGUACAGAGGUGCUAAUAUACAAAAUGGAUGAAGUCAGCCAAUCCGUUAAGAGACUAGAGAAAAUUGUAGAAGAUGCUCAAGCUCAAACCACCAAUGAAGGAAUGAAGGAGUGAAUGAGUUGUGCUUGUUUGAUUUCAGAGAACAUAAAUUGAAUUGUUUUUUGUAUUCUAUAACAUUCAUUUCAAUAUUGAUGGUGUAUAAAAUAUAUAUUCAAUUCCUCAUUUUAUUGCUAAAA